CACCGAAUUUCUCCCCCCACGGUUACCUCAUAAAAAUAUCAUCUUCAAAGAAGCUCAGUCUGGUCGAUUACGAAUCGGGCUAUGGGGAGAUAUUCUCCACGGUCUUACCUGGCAACAGGACUGUUACGCCGCGACUAGCCGUCGGAGCGCUCUCUAACGCUGGGGGCCGAAUU